AAAUAAGGAAAAUAAGUAGUGUCCUCGCAGAUCUUGAACUGCCGGGUCAUAUAUAAGUUUCUGGAGAGCCUAUAUUCUCUUUAAACAUUCUUCAAUCUUCAGCAAGGUGGUAUACGAUCUAUUGCCUAGGAUCUGAUACAACAAAAUCUACUAAGCAGCAAAGAUGGUUGUUCUAGCGGCUUCCAUAAUUUCUAAAUCUGGCAAAGCUCUUGUCUCGAGGCAAUUUGUUGAUAUGUCUCGUAUAAGAAUUGAAGGAUAUCUUGCAGCUUUUCCCAAAUUGGUUGGUAUAGGAAAGCAGCAUACAUAUAUUGAGACUGAAAAUGUGCGAUAUGUUUACCAGCCGAUAGAAUCUCUGUACUUGCUCCUUGUGACCAACAAACAGAGCAACAUUCUUGAAGAUUUGGAGACACUGAGGCUGCUGUCUAAACUAGUGCCUGAAUAUUCUUAUUCACUAGAUGAGGAAGGAAUUGGCAGGACAGCUUUUGAGCUUAUUUUUGCAUUUGAUGAAGUGAUCUCUCUUGGACACAAGGAAAAUGUUACAGUUACACAAGUCAAGCAGUACUGUGAAAUGGAGAGUCACGAGGAGAGAUUACACAAGUUAGUCUUACAGAACAAGAUAAAUGAAACUAAGGAUGUCAUGAAGCGUAAAGCCAGUGAGAUUGACAAAAGCAAGAUCGAGAAGAAUAGAGGUGACAAAGGAGGUUUCAUGUCACUGCAAUCCAUGGGUUCUGGAAGAAUCGAUACUGGCUUUGGCAGCGACUCAGGCAUAUCUAACACAGGAGGCAGUGGUUUUGGUAGUGGUUCUGGAUUUGGUCUAAGCCCUGAUGUGGACACAUUUUCCACCAAAUCCAAGGGUCGUCCAGCUGCAUCUGCAUCUGCUCCACCGAAAGGUCUUGGUAUGCAGCUGGGUAAAACACAGAAGGCCAACCAAUUUCUGGAAUCCCUAAAAGCUGAGGGUGAAGUAAUUGUUGAGGAUGUGAGGCCAAUCAUUGGUCAGGCCAAACCAGCUGCUGCUCCACUAACUGAUCCCGUCACGUUGACUGUUGAAGAGAAGAUUAAUGUAACACUAAAGCGUGACGGUGGUGUCAGCAAUUUUGUUGUCCAGGGUACUUUGUCUCUUCAAAUUCUGAACCAAGAAGAUGCUUUUAUCCAAGUGCAGAUUGAAACCAGUGGUAAUCCAGCAAUCCUCUUCAAAGCACACCCAAACAUGAGCAAGGAGUUGUUUGCAAAUGAAAAUAUUCUGGGCCUUAAAGAUCCCAAUAGGCCAUUUCCCACAGGUCAAGGUGGUGAUGGUGUUAGUCUUUUGAGGUGGAGAAUGCAAAGCACAGAUGAGUCAAUUUUGCCGUUGACAAUUAACUGCUGGCCUUCAGUUUCUGGAAGCGAAACCUAUGUGAAUAUCGAGUAUGAAACCCCCGCACAGAUGGAUCUACAAAAUGUUGUAAUUUCUGUACCCCUGCCAGCUCUCAGGGAGGCUCCAAAUAUACAACAGAUAGACGGAGAGUGGAGGUACGAUUCCAGAAAUUCUGUUUUGGAGUGGUCUGUUCUUCUCAUUGACAAUUCGAACCGCAGUGGAGCACUAGAAUUUGUUGUUCCAGCAGCUGAUCCGUCGGUCUUCUUUCCAAUUUCUGCACAGUUAACUUCCUCGAGAACCUUCAGUGACGUGAAGGUUGUCAACGUUCUGCCUCUAAAAGGUGGGGCCACUCCCAAGCAUUCUCAAAGAACACUGCUGGCCACGGAGACUUACCAAGUUGUGUGACCAUAAAGGCAGCAUCAAAUUAUGCCCCUCUAUCAACAUUAUAGGACUUAUUUUAUUUCAUUUUUGUUCAGACUUUUGUUUGCCUUUUACUUGUUCUCCAACUCAGAGUUUUUUCCCAAUAUGAUCAUGUACGGAGAUGGAAUAACUUUGUUAGGUUGAACUUAGAAAGUCUUGUGCAUUUAUAGCGUAAGUCGAUCAACUUUAGCGCAAUUGAAUUGAACUAAAAUUUGAGCAUUCGAUUUUUUUCUUUUUCUUU